ACGGGGCACGCUAAGGCAGGCGGCGUCCCAGCCAGGUUUGCUCGCUGGAGAGCCAGGGACGAUGGCGCAGAACUUGUAUGGCCCGCGAGUCCGGAUGGGCAACUGGAACGAGGACGUCUACCUGGAGGAGGAGCUCAUGAAAGACUUCUUGGAGAAGAGGGAUAAGGGACAGCUUCUCAUACAGAGAAACAGAAGACUAAAAGAGAAUCUUUUGAGACAGAUGCAGCUCUCCAUAUCUGAAGAUGGAUGCAUUCACUACGGCGACAAAGUGAUGCUUGUGAAUCCCGACCAUCCGGAGACAGAAACUGCUCUGUUUCUGGGCGGGGACCUGAGCCUGUGUGUGACUCCGGAUGAAGUUAAAGCCCAUCUGAGUGACGAGUUAGAGGUGCCCUGUGGCCUGAGCGCAGCUCCAGCCAUGGUCCCGGUCGGCAGAAACACUUUCAUCAUUUUGAGUGCAGACAGAGACGCCGUCGGUCAAGUUCUUAGAUACGGGCAGAACUUUUGCCUCGGGAUAACAGGAGGAUUUGAAGACAAAAUGUUAUAUUUAUCAAGUGACCACAGGACCCUACUGAAGUCGUCGAAGAGGUCUUGGCUCCAGGAAGUGUACCUGACAGACGAGGUCUCCUACCUGAGCUCCUGGCAGGCUGCCUUCCCCGACCCCCAGCUGCGCCUGGAAUACGAAGGCUUCCCGGUUCCGGCAAAUGCAAAAAUUCUCAUCAAUCACUGCCACACGAAUCGGGGGCUGGCGGCUCACCGGCAUCUUUUCUUAAGAACCUAUUUUGGAAAGGAAGCUGAGGUCGCGGCUCACACAUAUCUGGAUUCACACAGAGUUGAAAAGCCGAAGAACCACUGGAUGCUGGUGACUGGGGAUCCCAGGAAAGACUCCUCCACCAUGCUGGACCUGCCCACACCGUGGGCUGAGGACUCCCGAGCCCUAGAUCGGGCGGCAGACCCGGGGGCGCAGUGA